GUGAGGGUCGGGCCGGGGUAAUAAAAGAUUCAGCGCAUCAGAGGCAGGUAUGGACCCCGCGGAGACCCGCAAACAGCCAAGGGCAGCCGGGAGCGCGGGAAGCACUGGCGGAUGCUGCUGCCCAGGUCCCCGCCCGCGACCUGAGGCUGUGGGGAGACGCGGGAGCCGGCACUGGGGGAAGACAAUCAGCAUCAUCCUGCUCCAGUUACAGUCUCCAAGGACCCUCCUGGACUCCUUCUCCCCAGGCCCCUGGAUGUGGUUGUGAUGCCCCUCACCCUCCUGCUGCUGCUCUGGGGGCCCCUGGCCCUGAUGGAGACCCUGGCGGGUUCCCACUCCCUGAGGUGUUUCUCCACCGCGAUAUCGUGCCCCGGCAAUGGCAACUGCAAAGGCAACGGCAACGGCAAUGGCAAUGGGGACUACCGCUACAUCGCCGUGUGCUACGUGGACGACACGCAGUUCGGGCGGUUCGACAUCAGCUCUCCGGGCCAGAGUGUGGAGCCGCGGGCGCCCUGGGCGGGGCAGGUGGGGCAGGAGGACCUGGACGAGGAGACUCGGAUCCAAAGGAACAGCGCACAGUGGUUCCAAGCGCUCCUGAGGGACCUGCGCGGCCGCUACAACCAGAGCGAGGACGGGUCUCACACCCUCCAGAGCAUGUGUGGCUGUGAAGUGGGGCCAGACCUGCGUCUCCGCGGCGGGUAUGAAAAGUUCGCCUACGAUGGCGCGGAUUUCAUCUCCCUGAGCGAGGACCUGCGCUCCUGGACCCCCGCGGACUUGGAGGCUCAGAUCACCCAGCGCGAGUGGGAGGCACAGGGGAGGGCCGAGCGCGUCAGGAACAUUAAACAGAGCAGGUGCUUCCAGUGGCUCCUCAAAUUCCUGGUUUGGGGGAAGGAGGUGCUACAGCGCACAGAUCCCCCAAAGACACACGUGACCUUCCACCCCACCUCUGAGCGUGAGGUCACCCUGAAGUGUUGGGCCCUGGGCUUCUACCCUGCGGACAUCACCCUGACCUGGCAGCGAGAUGGGGAGAACCUGACCCAGGACACAAAGCUGGUGGAGACCAGGCCUGGGGGGGAUGGAACCUUCCAGAAGUGGGCGGCUGUGGUGGUGCCUUCUGGAGAGGAGCAGAGAUACACAUGCCGUGUGCAGCAUGAGGGGCUGCUGGAGCCCCGAGUUCUGAUUUGGGUGCCCCCUCCUCAGCCCACGGUCUCUACCAACUCCACCGAUUCCAAUGUGGGCCUCAUUGUUGGCCUGGUUCUCCUUGGAGCUGUGCUCAUUGGAGCUGCAGUGGCUGCAGCUGUGAUGUGGAGGAAGAGGCGCUCAGGGGGACAAGCAAUCAUCUACAGUCAGGCUGCAGGUGCGCCAGAGUAACUCCGUCACAGUCAAGGUCGUGAUAACAGUGAGC